GGACUAUCGGCCAGAUCCUGAAUUCUUGAUCAUCGGCUAUAAAUUGGCACCGUCCCCUGCUCGCUUCCCCACACCGCUCUUGAUCGAUCUCCUGCUCUCGUCUCUGCCAAAAACAUCCAGUCAUCCGUCCUACGGUCCCAAUGGCCCACGUCCUCGCCGCCGCGGAGCCCCUCACCCUCCUCAAGCGCCCGACGCCGCAGAACGACGGCUUCGGCGACGACAACGGCAGCACGGAGGAGAAGGCACUCAAGGCGCGCCGCCGGGAGUCCGACCCGGCGGCGGCACUGGCCGCGGCGCGUCACGAGUUCGGCGAGCACGGCGGCGUGAACAUGUCCAUCGAGGCCUCGGCCACGUUCACCGUGAUGGAGCCGGACACCAUGCGCCGGCUCUUCACGGGGGAGCUGGGCCCGGAGCGCGGCGACCUGUACAUCUACAGCCGCCACUUCAACCCGACGGUGCUGGCGCUGGGGCGGCAGAUGGCCGCGCUGGAGGGGACCGAGGCCGCCUACUGCACGGCGUCCGGCAUGUCGGCCAUCUCGUCCGUGCUCAUGCAGCUGGUGGGCGCCGGCGGGCACGUCGUGGCGUCGCGGUGCCUGUACGGCGGCACCCACGCGCUGCUGUCCCGGUUCCUGCCGCGCACCUCCGGCGUGAAGGCGACGUUCGUGGACGCGGACGACGAGGCGGCCGUGCGCGCGGCCAUGAGGCCGGGGGAGACGCGGGUGGUGUACGUGGAGACGAUGUCGAACCCGACGCUGGCCGUCGCCGACAUCCCGAUGCUGGCGCGGGUGGCGCACGAGGCCGGGGCCAAGCUGGUGGUGGACAACACCUUCACCCCCGUCGUCGUCACGCCGGCGCGGCUCGGCGCAGACGUCGUCGUCCACAGCGUGUCCAAGUUCAUCAGCGGCGGCGCCGACAUCAUCGCCGGUGCGAUCUGCGGGCCGGCGAGCCUGGUGAACGCGAUGAUGGACCUGCAGGACGGGGCGCUGAUGCUGCUGGGCCCGACGAUGAACGCCAAGGUGGCGUCGGAGCUGGCGGGGCGCCUCCCGCACCUGCCGCUGCGGAUGCAGGAGCACUCGCGCCGCGCCGCCGAGUUCGCGGCCCGGAUGCGCCGCCAGGGCCUGCGCGUCACCUACCCGGGCCUCCCCGAGCACCCGCACCACGCCCGGCUGCGCGCCAUGGGCAACCCGGGCUACGGCGCCGGCGGCAUGCUCUGCCUCGACAUGGGCACCGAGGAGCGCGCCAACCGCCUCAUGUACCACCUGCAGAACACCACCCAGUUCGGCCUCAUGGCCGUCAGCCUCGGCUACUACGACACGCUCAUGUCCUGCUCCGGCAACAGCACCAGCAGCGAGAUGGACCCCGAGGACCGCGCCCGCGCCGGCAUCUCCCCGGGCCUCAUCCGCAUGUCCGUCGGCUACAACGGCACCCUGGAGCAGCGCUGGGCGCAGUUCGAGCGCGCGCUCGCGCUCAUGCAGCAGGAGACCCCCGCCGCCGCCGCCACCGCCAAGUACGGCAAGGCCGUCUGACCACCAAAGCGUUGAUGCCUGCUCAUGGUGUAUAUUAUAUAUAUAUACUCCUCCUAUCACUAGCUAAGUAAGUACUGUCAAGCACCAUCUGGAUCUGUUCAGAACUUCAGAUGGAUGGAUGUGCCAGUGUGUUAAGCAGCACGCCUGAUUAGACUUUGCUGAGCGUACUGCGAGAUGCGUCAUCCAUGUAUCGGAAUAAAUUAGCGUGAUUUUCUGUCGA